UCCUGCCACCCCAGUCCUUACCAACCCUCCAUGAAAUAAGCACGUGUAAAAGCGCACGCCGAAGCCCAUCGCACGUAUAUAAACAGGGGUUGCCUCUACAGCGCGGAACUUCACCGAAAGCCGCCGGUGGAGGAGGACCUCUAGAGCAGACCCGAGCUACCAGUUGCGAACUUUUACCAACGAGAGAUACAAACUUUUGAACUCGAAGACCACCGAUCAGCACUUCUGGCUUCCAAGAUGCAAGUCAGCUCGUUGCUGAGGACGGUGUUCAUCUGGUGGUUGGUUUGCCAACAGACCAGAUCGUUCACCAUAACCAGGAACAAGGAGUACCGUGGUUCCGGAGAGGUGGUCUCCGGUAAAGACGCCGUUAACAACGAGCCAACCUGUGAAGAGUUGAAGGCUAUGUGGCGUUUCUCUAAGAGACAGUCCAGGGCUGCUGAAAUCACUAACGAAAUACCGACCUAUCGCGACCCCUUUGCCUACAACGUUUGGGAACCGUACUACGCCCGCAGCAGAAGCAUGGGAGGAUUAAGGGUUGGAAAUCGUUACCGUGGAAGACCUGUCUAUGGACGCGUGAUCCAUAAGCCCCCGAUGUUACGUAUCCAGGAUGUUGCUGAGAGGAACAGGGCCUUUGAGGAAGUUGCCAGGAUGUACGGCAACGUCCAAAAGACCACCGAGCCAAGACGCAGGGUCACAGCUUUCCGGUUGUCCGGAGGUGCUCAUCUCCCGCUCACUCCACAGAGCGGAAGUUUCCAGCAUCUUAAAGAGCUGAUUAGAACUGAGAGGGCUCGUGAACUACAGGAGCAACGUCUCGCCGAAGAAGCCGAGGCCAGAUCCGAUGCCCUCAAGGAAUUGGCCAACGGCAUCCAAAAGGCCAACUUUCAUGAGUUCAACUACGAUCUUGAAGACGAGGAGGGUAGAGAAGAUCCGGAGGCUAUGAACAAUCGCAAGUCGAUUCUAGCUUUCCCCGAUCUUCUAGCACCAGCUGCUAGGUUCGGCCCGGAUCAGGCCCGAUUCGUCGAAGACUACAACUACUAUAGACCUAGAACCCAUAGAUCUAUGCUGCACUCCGAGAACCUCGACCAGGACCUCGAUGGGCUCUUAAUAUAAACUACGCUACUUCACGGAUUUCUCUAUUAUAUUAUCGUAUAUAAACCAAUCGUGUUUCUGAAUGUUUUCCUCCUAUACCAUCAGCUUAUACGCUUUAUAUUGACUUCAAGCGUUAAAUGUUAAAAUGCUACAAUUAUAAAAUUAUUUCAAUUGCAUUGACGGAUUAUGACAGGAAGGCAAAGGCAAGGAAUAGUAAAGUUACCUAAUCAAGAUGAAGAAAAAAAAAUAUAUAAAUAUAUUUAUCUUAAAAAGAAAAUAAUACGACAAAAAAAAUUAAACGAGUAUAGAGUUAGAUUGUGGACUGAUUUAAGAAUAGUAAGAGAAAGAAACUUCAGUUAAUAAAUAUAUUUUAAUAACAAGAGAUGAGGAAACGAUGAUAAUAAUAUAUAUUUAGAAAAGGAAAAAUUUUGAACAAUGUAAGGAGUGAGAGGCAAAAAAAUAUAUGAAGAAUGUAACGAUUGCAGAUUGAAGUACUUUUUCUAUAUAAUUAUGCGAUCAAGAGUAUUUAUGUUUGGAGGCUGGAAUGGUCGAUAAUUCUAAAUAAAAAGUACUUCAAUUC